AUGGCCGCCGUCACGGCCGCGGCCGUCUCCCUCCGCGCCGCCACCGCCGCCACCUCCACGCCGUCCAGCGCGCCGCAGCACUCCCACUGCAGCUUCCCGUGCGCGGCAAGAACGACCGCCGUCUCCCGCCGUAGCCUGAGCGUCCGGGCGCAGGCCGUGUCCACCGAUGCGGCGGCGGCGCCGGUGAAGGAGAAGAAGGUGUCGAAGAAGCAGGAGGAGGGGGUGGUGACCAACAAGUUCCGGCCCAAGGAGCCGUACGUGGGCAAGUGCCUGCUCAACACCAAGAUCACCGCGGACGACGCGCCCGGGGAGACGUGGCACAUGGUCUUCUCCACCGAGGGCGAGGUGCCCUACAAGGAGGGCCAGUCCAUCGGUGUCGUCGCCGACGGCGAGGACAAGAACGGCAAGCCCCACAAGCUCCGCCUCUACUCCAUCGCCAGCAGCGCCCUCGGCGACUUCGGCGACGCCAAGACCGUCUCGCUGUGCGUCAAGCGGCUCGUCUACACCAACGACGCAGGGGAGGUGGUCAAGGGCGUCUGCUCCAAUUUCCUCUGCGACCUGAAGCCCGGCGCCGAUGUCAACAUAACAGGGCCAGUAGGCAAAGAGAUGCUCAUGCCUAAAGACCCAAAUGCUACUAUCAUCAUGCUCGCGACAGGGACCGGCAUCGCGCCGUUCCGGUCAUUCUUGUGGAAGAUGUUCUUCGAGAAGUACGAAGACUACAAGUUCAAUGGCCUGGCCUGGCUCUUCUUGGGAGUCCCCACCAGCAGCUCUCUCCUCUACCCGGAGGUCGGAACAUCGAUCGCCUCUCUCGUAGCCUCCAUGAGAUUUUUCUUCCAAGUGCUACUCCAGUGUGUUUCUUGUGACAGACACUUAACCGUCAUCUUGUUUGGUUGCACCGUGUUUGCGAACGGACAUCAGGAGUUUGGGAAGAUGAAGGCGAAGGCGCCGGACAACUUCCGGGUGGACUACGCGAUCAGCAGGGAGGAGACCAACGCGGCGGGGGAGAAGAUGUACAUCCAGACCAGGAUGGCAGAGUACAAGGAUGAGCUGUGGGAGCUGCUGAAGAAGGACAACACCUACGUGUACAUGUGUGGGCUGAAGGGCAUGGAGAAGGGUAUCGAUGAGAUCAUGUUGCCACUGGCUGCAAAAGAAGGGAUCGACUGGAUAGAGUACAGGAAGCAACUGAAGAAGUCGGAGCAAUGGAACGUCGAAGUCUACUGA